AGAUGGCUUCGAGUCGGAGAAUUAGGGUUUCCAACGGAGGACUCACUCGUCGACUCUCCGAUCCUUUCUUCUCCUCCGCCACUAUCCGUCGAAACUUCUAUUCUUCAGCUCUAUUUCCCUCACCUCAGCUCAAUUCUCUACUCUUUUCACGUUACAGCUUCGUUUAGUCCUCUGAUUGCGCUAUGCUUCUUGUCGUUCAAAACUUGGUGUGAUUUUUGCAACACGAUGGUUAAAAAGAGCUAGUCUCAUCACCGACUAUAAUUAGGUGGGAGAGAUGAAUCACGGCCAACAAUCUGGCGAGGCAAAGCAUGAAGAUGAUGCUGCUCUUACAGAGUUCCUUGCUUCUCUGAUGGAUUAUACACCUACUAUUCCUGAUGAUUUAGUGGAGCACUUCUUGGCUAAGAGUGGGUUUCAGUGCCCCGACGUACGAUUAAUAAGGCUAGUUGCUGUGGCUACACAAAAGUUUGUUGCAGAUGUUGCCAGCGACGCCCUUCAGCACUGCAAGGCUAGACCAGCACCAGUUGUGAAAGACAAAAAACAGCAAAAGGACAAGCGUUUAGUAUUGACAAUGGAUGACCUUUCAAAAGCUUUGCGUGAGUAUGGUGUGAACGUGAAGCAUCCAGAAUAUUUUGCUGAUAGCCCUUCGACUGGAAUGGAUCCUGCGACAAGGGAGGAAUAGACACCAGAAAUUCUUCAUCAUCUUUGCCUGCUAAGGACGGCCUUGUGUGUCAAGACCCCUGAUUAUCUGUUGUGUUUCAGUUAAAACAAAAACAUAAAAAAACUCACUUGUUUUCCUAGAUAUCAAUUACACAACAUGUAUAUUCCUUAGUUGUUUGUUGUCUUGACUUGCGUCUUUGGUGGUGCUUGGGUUUCCUACAUCACUUAUCCACCAUUCUUGUAUGUCUCCAAGUCAUGAUAAUAUUGUGAGAUAUCCAUCCUUGAGA